GACUCGGAUGGUACCCCACUCUCUGGUGACCAGAUCGACGGUUGGUAGUUGUUGCUGGUUGCUGGUGGUACUGCUUUCUUCGCGCAAUGUUUACCUUUCUUCGAAACCAGCAUUAUUUGUAAACUUGUCGCUCUGCACCGUGCACUGUGUGCUCUCGUUAGACUGUUUGUUACCUUUGUGAUCGCUGAUCGAUGUGCUCAGUUCGUCGAAUCUUUCUCGUUGCGCGCUUCGGUACGCGUUAAAUCACGAUUUUUUUCACGUCGAUAUGGUGUACUUCUUCGAGAUGUAAGUUAUAUUGCCAAUAAUACCCAUCUAUGCUUCGACGUGUGUGUAUGUGCUGUAAUUCCUGCCGAUUAUUAUAACCAAGUGUGUCGAAAUACCUUCGUAGUACAGUUAUUUGAUCGCAUCCAUUUGUGGUAUUGGAUUGGCCCUAGUGCAGCCGAAAAACAACGUCAUUCUGUAGCUUGGAAAUAGGCACUGCGGAAAAUUGACAUGAUUAAAUGUAGGCAUUCACGUUGAAAUGCGCUUCAUAAGCAAGUAUCGGAAAAGUGAUCAUUUUUCGCAUCUGAACGUCUUCGAACACACUAGAAAGCUAAAAUCCACUCGACCCAGACGCAAAACCAACGGCAGCGCCGGAGAUAACAGCGAAGAAUGUUGCUACGGUCGUUCAUUAUCUUCGGUCACAACCACCACGAGUUACGGUUCCGGCAGAAACAACAGAAGCCCAGAUAGCACAAAUGGUAUAGGAAAUUAUGCUUACGAAGAUGACGACGACGAUGACGAAGAAAGCCGUAUACGAAUCAAAUUCACGCGAAAAUUCACCUACCAGUAUAAAAAUUUCUGCUGCGUUUUAUCCAGUUUAUUACUUUCAUUGUUGUCAGCUGCGGUGGUUUUUUAUAUAGGAUAUAAUUAUAUUAGAGUCGAACCAGGAGAAGAGUUAUCGUUCCAAGGUUCUUUUACAUUUACUCGAAAUAACACCCAUGAAUCCUCUGGGUCAAGCUCGCAACUUUCACUCGCAAAUUAUAUCAGCGCUUUGGAAAAUGCUUUACUAGUCCAUCCAAUCUUACGACUUUCAUUUUUAUCGGCGGAAAUAUUAGCUUUAGAUACCGAAAACGACAACAGCAACACGACCGUUCACUUUGGAAUGAAAUUUAAUCCUCGUCUGUUACUCGGGGCUACGUUGAAAGACAUCGUUGACGCGUUAAAACAACAUCUACAAAUGCCAGAUGCAUCGGUUGAUAAGAAUAGCGUCUCGGUUCGAGAAUUCUUUCCAUCUUCUGCGGUCACAUCGCCGUCCAUUUUGACCGAAUCUUCGUCCUCAUCGGGACACGUGAUAGAAGAUAAUUUGACCAGCACCGCCGGUAGAUGCGUAUCAGCUAUGCAGUUACCGUUUUGUAUAAAUAUCACCGAAAAAAGCUACACAGCGUAUCCAAAUCUACUAUUGCAUAAAAGUAAAGAAGACGUUACCGAUAAUUUGAUCGUAUUUAGAGAAUUGAUUGAUGCGGAGUGUUACGAAUAUGCUGGCGAAUUCUUGUGCUCGGUUUUGCAACCGAAAUGCAUCCAGAGACCGAGUUUACCAACAGACGAGACGAAAUUACCUUGUAGAGCGUUCUGUCGCGAAUUUUGGGCUGGAUGUGGAGAUAGGUUGUCUGAUAAUUUGAAGAAAUCUUUGGAUUGUUUCAAGUUCCCAGAGUAUAGCGAUUUUGGUAGGAAAUGCCGAGCUCAGCCGAAUUGUGAUCCAGUGACAUUGAAAAACGACGAAGCAUUCUCAUACAGAUUAUGCGACGGAGUAAUCGACUGUAAAGAUUUAGAAGAUGAAAUGUCUUGUCCCUAUUGCACCGCUACAGAUGCUCUUCAUUGCGGUUUGAAUAAGAAAUGUAUCCCUCAAAGUAAUCUUUGCGAUGAUGUAUCCGAUUGUCCAGACGGCAGUGACGAAAAAAAUUGUCUUUCAUUACGACCUAAUGUCACCGCUGAUUUACACUACAAAACGGUAUUAGAUACGCCGAGUUACAAAGAAGGUUACGCAGUUUACACGAGAAAUGGCACCACGGCUAACAUAUGUGUGGAAAACGACAUGGAUGAUACUUUCUCUGGACCUAUUUUGAAUAAAAUUGGAGAAUCUUUAUGUAGAAAUAGCGCCUACCAGAAUGUACGUCGAGUUGAAACUAAAUCAAUAAAAAAUACAAAUUUGCCAUCGUCCAGUGUUUUUGCCAAAUUGCAGUAUAAAAGAAACGUCGAUGUUUCAUUUUCACUCAGCUCGAAUUGUUCCUCGAAUAGGUUACUUCAUGUUACAUGUACUGGUAUUGAGUGUGGUAUACAGACGACUCGAAAUUACAUCAGUAUCGAAGGACUGAAUAAAAUAGCCAAAGCUGGAGAUUGGCCAUGGCAUGUGGCUUUAUUCAAAGAUGGUGUUCAUGCUUGUGACGCUACGUUAGUAUCGCAGCAUUGGUUACUCACGACGAUAUCUUGUUUCCAAGGGCAAAACAAAGCUGAAUGGAUAGCAAAACUGGGUACGAUAAGGUUAUACGCGAAAUCACCUUGGCAACAAGAACGACAUAUUGUCGGCAUGAUUAAAUCUCCCGUUGAAGGGAGCACGCUAGUCUUAAUAAAAUUAAGUAGUCCUGUAAUAUUUUCGCAUUUCAUUCGUCCAAUUUGUUUACCAUCCGGUAAUGCACUCGCUGACGAUCUCAUGUACUGUAAUACUUUAGGAUGGACGAAAACCAGAGAGAUGUUGCAAAGAAUCGAAGUCAGAGAAACUGCCAUGGAUAAUUGCGCCGAUAUUAGUAUUACUUCUGGUAACACGUUAUGUGCCGGUUCCACUUUUGAUCCUAGUGAAUGCAACGAAGAAGAAAUGGCCGGAAGUGCCAUGAUAUGUUUGACUUCUAAACAAAAUCGAUGGAUUUUAGUAGGAGUCAGUAGUUGGAGAAUUUCAUGUACACCGAUUGGAAUGCAACGACCUAGACUUUAUGAUAAGAUUACUUCUAAUGUAAAUUGGAUUCAAAGUGUUAUUCAAGAUGUUUAAAGUUGGAUUUUUUUUUUUAUUAUUUCUGUAUUAUGUAUUUCUUUUAAUAGCGUUGUGAUUUUUUUAAAGAUUGUUUUUUAAAAUACAUUUUUAAAAUGUGAAA